AUGGGGCUCAGCGACGAGGAGCCUCAGCACGGCAGCAUGGAGGGCUCUGCUGCUUCGGUAGACGGUUGGAUGAAGAAUCAGUCAAAAAGGGCUAAGCAGCAUAGAGGAACUGCCAAAGGAAAGUUAACACGUAAGCUAGAAAAGUUUUAUGAGCAUGUGAAAGAUAAAGUUGCCUUAGAAAUAUUGGAAGAUAACUAUAAUUUGAUUGUUAAAGCUUUUGAGAAAGAUGAGAUGCAAAUGAAAGGGGCCAUCAAAGUAAAAUCUAUUGACAUUCCAAAGUUUGAUGGAAAAAUCAGAGACUAUAGUAAUUUUAAAAGGGAUUAUGUCAGACUUAUGCAACCCAACUAUGGAAAAGACCCAUUUGCUCUUAGACAGUGUCUCUCAGGAGAAGCCUUAGACUCUAUUUGUGGGGUCGAGCAUGAUUUUGAUAAAAUGUUUGCACGGUUAGAUGACAUGUACAGUGAUAGUCGACGAGUAAUUGAUGUAGUAAUUGAAGAUUUGAGAGAAAUUGAACCUGUAGUCGAGGGUGAUAGUUUAGGUUUUAUCAGAAUGGUAGACAAAAUUGAGCAAAAUUUUCUUUAUCUAGAUCAGUUGGGUCUAUCUUCAGAACUUAAUACUGCCAAUAUGACAAGUCAGAUAGAGAAACUCUUGCCUCCAACUCAGAAGCGGGAAUGGAUCAAAAUAGCAGAAAAUGUUGAACCUGUUGAAUUAUUUAAAAAACUACUGGAAUACCUUUUGGGUGAAAGGAAAUCCCUUAAGUAUCUGAUUGCCAGUGUAAGGAACCCUGUUAACACUAAAGCUAGAGUGAACUAUGCUGUGUACAAUCAAGAUAGGAUUAGCUCUGACCAUACUGAAGAAUCAGAAAUAAUGAAGAGGCUGUCUGAUGUUGAGAAGGCUGUAACAAAUAUAAAUAACCUUGUGAUCAAGCUUACAGAAGAAAAGAGUGAAGAAAAGAGGUCUAUUGGUACUCUAAGUACACAUUUGAACAGGUGUUGGUAUCAUGGAACAGAUAGACAUGAUAUUUUAGACUGUGCAACAUUUCAGAAGUUAAACAAUAGUGAGAAAUUUGAAAUUCUAAGGAAAAGAGGUAUCUGUUUUAAUUGUCUAAAGGGAAUUCAUGUAUCUAGGAGAUGUUUUAAAAAAUCAAGAUGUUCUGCAACUGAUGCAAAUAAUCAAACUUGUGGGAAGCUCCAUCACACGAGCCUUCAUGAAAAUCAGAUUGUUGGGAGUUCAUACGUCAGCUUGAAAAGAAAUGGAGUCAUGUUCAUGGUCAAUAAGAUUAAAUGUAAUAAUCAAGUAUUAAAUACACUCUUUGAUUCUGGGGCUGACGUGACAAUGAUACGAAAUGAUAUGGCAGCCUCAUUAGGAUUGAAAGGCAAGCAUAUACGCUUAGCUGUGACUAAACUAGGAAACCAGACUGUAACAUAUAACAGUAAGGAAUAUGACCUUGUUCUUACUGAUAAACAGGGGAAUAAUGUGAAUAUUACUGCUUAUGUUAAAGAAACUGUAGGUGAAAAUUUACAACUUAUGGAAUCUCGAUUUGGGAUGUGUGUUCGUGGUAGUCACCCUAGUAUAGCUUGUGCCUCAGGUACUAGGGAUAUUGUAGGCAUCAGAAUAAACCAUAUUUCUGGGAUUAUAUAUGACAAAGAUAUAACUGUUGAACCGAAAUCUGAUAUUAAGGAUCAGAUUGAUAAAUUUUUCACAGUGGAAUAUUUAGGAACAGAAUGUAAUCCUAGAUGUGGUGAUUGCAAAUGUGGCAAAUGUGCAAAUAAUAUCUCUGUUGCUGUUGCCAAAUUAAGGAGUACUGAGAAGAGAUUGCUGAAACUUGGACCAGAAUAUGCUAAAGCUUAUAACAACCAAAUAAGGGAUAUGAUCAAACGUGAUGUUGCACGUAAAUUAACACCAGAUGAAAUAAAAGGUUAUGCUGGUCCUAUUACAUAUCUUCAACAUCAUGAAGUGCUAAAGCCAGGAUCUACAUCCACACCAAUUAGGAUUGUCUUUAAUUCCUCUGCCAAAUUCAUGGGACAAUCUCUAAAUAGCUUUUGGGCCAAGGGUCCUGAUGUUUUGAAUUCCAUGGUGGGCAUAUUACUGAGAUUCCGUGAAGGAGCCAUAGGUAUAGCAGGUGAUAUAAGUAAGAUGUACAACAGUAUUAAGCUUCCUGAAAUGGAGCAACAUGUACGCAGAUUUGUUUGGAGAGAUUUCCAGUUGAAUUGUGAGCCUGAGCAUUAUGUGUUAACUUCAAUGGGCUUUGGUGACAAACCUUCUGGAAUAAUUGCUAUGUUGGCUCUUAAACACACAGCUGAGCUAUGGAUGGAAAAGUAUCCCGAUGCUGCUUCUAUGAUAAUAUCAAAUUCUUAUGUUGAUGAUAUUAUACAAUCAGUUGAGAGUAAAGAGAAAGCUUUGCAGUUGAUUCAGGAAACUGAGAAAAUACUCUCAUAUGGCAAUUUUAAGGUAAAGCAGUGGAUUAUGACUGGUGAUGUUGAUAAGGAUGAUCUAGAUUUUUCAGAGAAUGAAGGCGAUAAAAUUCUUGGUUUAUAUUGGGAUCGUUGGAAUGAUGAAUUUAAAUUCAAAGCAAGGUUGAAUUUUUCUCCUAAAUAUAAGGGUAUACGAACAGGUCCAGAUUUAAAAUUUUCAAAUUUUAUUUGUAACAUUCCUCCAGUUUUAACUAAGAGAAUUGUUAUAAGUCAGAUGUGUUCUGUGUAUGACCCACUAGGUUUACUUCUUCCAUACACAUUGAAAGCCAAAAUAUUAUUACGGGAAACUGUCAGUUGCAGCACCAAGUUAGGAUGGGAUGACCCUUUGCCUGCCCAUAUGAAAGAGCAAUGGGUAGUACACUUUCACAAAUUAUUUGGGAUUGAUUCCUUGUCAUUUGAAAGAUGUAUCAAACCACCCACAGCGAUAGGUCUGCCUAUGCUUGUUAUUUUUAGUGAUAGUUCAUCAAAUGCAUAUGGUGCUGUGGCUUAUGCUAGGUGGAAAAUGAAAUCUGGAAUGUUUGAAAGUAAGCUAAUAAUGGCAAAAGGAAGAAUAGCUCCUACCAGACAACUUUCCAUACCCAGACUUGAAUUGUGUGGAGCAAUUAUUUCAUGCAGACUACGCAAAUUAAUCGAAAAUGAAUUAUCAUAUAGAUUUAGUUCAGUAAUGCAUAUAACAGACUCGGCUAUUGUGAGAGCACAGAUCCAAAAGGAGUCGUAUGGAUUUGGGACUUUUGUAGCAACACGGGUAGCAGAUGUACAAUCGAAGAGUAAUCCCAAUGAAUGGUGGUGGAUUGCUUCUUGUCACAAUCCUGCAGAUUUACUUACUAGACCUAAUGAUCCAUCAGAUAUUAUCAUCAGUUCAUUGUGGAAGUAUGGCCCAAAAUUCAUGACUCUACCCAAAGAAGAGUGGCCAAUAAGUCAAUCUAUUGAAUGUGACUUGCCUGAUAGAGUCCAUGUGAAUUUAACACACUGUCUGAAGGACUCAGAUGAAUGUGUUAUUGAUUUAUCUAAAUUCAAAAAUUACAAUAAACUUAUUGCAGUUACUGGUAGGAUAUUAAAUGUAAUGAAGAUCAGAUCUUUAAAGGGUAUCUUAUUAAGACUUGAACCUGAUAUUCUAAAUGAAGCAUUACAAUUUUGGAUCAGGCAAGCACAAAAAUGUUUUUCUGGUAAUUGGAAACAGAAAUAUCAAAGAUUGGGACCAUACAAGACUGAAAAUGGUAUAAUUAUGGUAGGUCAAAGACUGGAGCAUUGGUUAAAACAAAAUUGGAAUCAAGAUAACUUUAUCCUGUUACCUAGGAAACAUUUGUUUACUAUACUUUAUAUUAGUCAUUUGCAUAAUAUAGAUCAUGCUGGAGUGGAUGUUACACUUAGUAAACUGCAGACAAAGUUCUGGGUUCCUUCAGCACGUAAAGUCAUCAGAGCAGUGAAACGUAAAUGUGUUACUUGUAGGAGAUUAGAUUACAAAGUUGAAGGUCAGUGCAUGGGUCAAGUCGCUACUGAAAGAAUAACUCCAUGUCCAGCUUUCUAUCACACUGCUACAGAUAUCUUUGGGCCAUUUCAAAUAAGAGACAAUGUGAAGAAAAGAACUACUGGUAAAGCUUAUGGUGUUAUAUUUAAUUGCAUGGUUACUCGUGCUGUAUAUAUUGAUGUUGUUGAUGGAUAUGAUACCCAUAGUUUCUUGAAGACUUUUAGACGUUUCACAGCUGUCCAUGGAUAUCCAGCUACUGUUCAUUCAGACUUAGGCUCUCAACUGGUAUCAGCUAGUAAGGAACUUCAAAUAGCUAUAAAUAACUGGAAUAUGUCUGAUAUUUCUGAAUUUGGAACAAAAGGGGGAUUAAAAUGGAUUUUCAACCGUUCAGCUGAUGCAGCAUGGCAAAAUGGUGUUAGUGAGUCCUUGAUCAAAUCUGUGAAAAGAUCCUUAGCCAUGAUAAUUGGAUCUACUCUGAUGACAUAUAGUGGUCUACAAACUAUAUUUUUUGAAAUUGCAAACUUCAUGAAUGAAAGGCCUAUUGGAUUAAAACCUGGUAUGGAUUUAGAAUUAGGAACUUACUUGUGCCCAAAUGAUUUGCUUUUAGGCAGGGCAAGUAAUCAUGCACCAUGUGGACCAUGGAAAGAUUCUUUCAAUACAAAGAGAAGGUUAGAUUAUAUACAAAAUGUUGUUAAUACAUUUUGGCGUAAAUGGCAAAGAGAUUAUUUCCCUACAUUAAUUGUUAGACAAAAAUGGCAUACUGAUAAAAGAAAUCUGCAGUCUGGUGAUAUUGUGUUGAUACAAGAUUCUAAUACAAUAUACAUCAAGUUACAGCAAAACCAAUCAGUCAUACUUUCAGUUGAAAGCAUUGUAAAUUCAACACUGAAUAUGCAGUACCAUUUAUCAGGAUCAUUAAUGACCCGUGGAAUGCAAUCGGAUUUGAAAGAUAUCCACUUGUGCUCUCAGGAUUCUGCGGGCGUCAGUUAA